GUUCCUCCCUCCUCAAAAAUUGUCUCUGCUAGAACAAAAAACGACGACGAUAUGGGUGAUGCUUUCGGAAGCACGACGGUUGGUGAUAAUCAGUGGUGGCGAUGGCGGGCAGCAAUAUAAUAAUCAGUGGCGGCGCCGCACGGACGGAAAUACAGUGGUAGAUGAUAAUCAGUGGUGGCGGCGGCGGUGUUCGGAGUACGCCGGUAGAUGCUAAUUGGUGGUAGGUCGGUAGGAAGUACAAUCGGUGACGGGAAGCUUGGGACGAAUCACCCGAAGGGUCAUUAUUAAGCCCAUUUGGACCCAAAAUUAAGCCUCCGGAUCAGUGUUGCCAGGCGUAAGUAUAUACAAGGAAGAAGUCUCAACGAUGGAUUCAUUUUUUUGAUUUAAUCGAAAGACAUACAUUUUUUUACAGAAAAGAGAAGGUAGUCGUUGACUUUGACAAAUUCCAAUGUCAAAGUCAACUACCUACUAUUAUUGUCAUAUUAAGACUAUGAGGUAUUCGAAUACGUAACAGAUUCCCUUAGUCAAAUGUCAACUAGUAUGACUUUAUUAAGCAAGACAACUGUAAUAUACGAAAAAAAAGCCUUAUAAGAGUUGACAGUUCCAAAACAGCAAUUGCUUGCCAAACAAAAUGCUUCUACUCUCCCUAUUCCUGUAUCAUCUAUUCUCACAGGCCGCAAGCGCGGUGACGCUUCCGGGCUGCCCAACCAAAUGUGGGAAGCUCACAGUACCAUACCCGUUCGGCAUUGGAACCAAUUCGGGCUGCUCCAUGGGUCCCUGGUUCGACAUCACUUGCAACACAUCCUUCAAUCCCCCGAAAGCCUUCUUGCCGGCCGACCUAUUUUCGUACACCGGGGACUUCCACCGCGUGGAGGUGGUAGAUAUCUCUGAAGAGCAUGUGAGAGUCAAAAACACCAUUGCUUCUAGGUGCUACAAUCAAACUGGUGGAGUGGUUCAAUACAACCCCAGUGGGCUUGUGGUGAAGAACUCGUAUUUUACGUUAUCAGAACGGAACAGGGUGUUUGUCGUUGGGUGCGAUGAUUUCGCACGCGUAGCUCCCGUGGAGGGGAUUGAAGGCAAGAAUUUCAGCAGUGGGUGUGUGUCUAUAUGCUCCAAUGUUCAAGAUGUUCCUGUUGGUUCAUGUUCAGGUUUGGGGUGUUGCUCAACUAGUUUGCCGACGGGUUUAACAACUUACCUGGCCUCGAUAAACACAAUCUAUUUUCACACCCAGGUCUGGUCUUUUAACAAAUGCGGUUACAGUUUCCUUGGCGAGCAAAGUGCCUUCACCUUUCAGGGCGCUUCAGAUUUCGUAGACCCCGAUUUUGUGACUCGGACCGCAGAGACUGUACCUGUAGUGCUUAAUUGGGUGAUUGGUAGUGGGACCUGUAAGGACUACAAAAACACAAGCGAUUACUAUUGUCAAGAGAAUAGUGUUUGUAUGGAUUUUGAGGGGGGUAAUGGAGGGUAUAGGUGCUCCUGCAAGAAUGGUUACCAAGGCAAUCCUUACCUUUCUCCUGGUUGCCAUGAUAUUGACGAGUGUGCGGAUCCAAACACUAACCCGUGUAACGGGACUUGUACUAAUCUUCCUGGAAGUUACAAGUGUUCAUGCCCGCACGGGUACCAAGGAGACGGGAGAAGAUAUGGGAGUGGUUGCACCCCUAGGAACUCCAAGUCCCCGGCACUAAAGUUGUCCCUUGGAAUGGGGAUUGGGUUCUUGUCUAUAUUGAUAGCAAUGGGAUGGCUGUAUUUCAGCCAUCAGAGAAGGAAGGUUAUCAAAAUGAGGGAGAAGUUCUUUUUAAAAAAUGGUGGCAUGUUGUUAAAACAACAAAUUAGUUCAGACGACUUUGGCGGGGCGGCUAACAAGAUUUUCACAACCGAAGAGCUAGAAAAGGCUACAAAAAACUUCUCUAAAAGCAUGAUUCUCGGUCGUGGUGGGUUUGGGACGGUGUAUAAAGGGAUCUUACCUGAUGGAACUAUUGUCGCGAUAAAGAAGUCAAAAGUUAUGGAUGAGGGCCAGAUCGAGCAGUUUAUCAAUGAGGUGGUUAUUCUUACUCAAAUCAACCACCGGAAUGUGGUCAAGCUAUUAGGGUGUUGUUUAGAGACCCAAGUUCCAUUACUUGUCUAUGAAUGUGUUUCCAAUGGCACCCUCUACCACCAUAUCCACGCCAACGAGGGAAAGGCAUGGUUAUCUUUGGACAAUCGUUUAAGAAUAGCUGUCGAGUCUGCUGGAGCACUUGCGUACCUUCACUCGGCUGCUGCAAAGCCAAUUAUCCACCGAGAUGUGAAAUCUGCCAACAUAUUGUUAGAUGAGAACAUGGUCACUAAAAUUUCAGACUUUGGGGCUUCAAGGUUGGUACCCUUGGAUCAAACACAAGUGACUACAAUGGUGCAAGGGACAAUAGGAUAUCUGGAUCCUGAAUACUUCCACACAAGUCAGUUAACAGAUAAAAGUGAUGUUUAUAGCUUUGGAGUUGUGCUGCUAGAGCUUCUAACCGGUAAGAAGCCACUUUGCAUGGAACGUAGUCAAGCGGAACGAAGCUUAGCGACCUACUUCCUUGUUUCUUUAAAGACAAACAACUUAUUUCAAAUCCUUGACCCAAGAGUUGUUAGAGAGGGUUCACUUGAUCAACUCCAGGCGAUAGCGUCCCUAGUAAAACGGUGCCUCAACAUGAACGGUUAUGACAGACCUACAAUGAAGGAAGUGGCUAUGGAGCUCGAGGGUUUGAGGAAAUACACAAAACAACCAUGGGUUAAUCAACAUGGCCCGGAAGCAGUUCAUGAGGGUGAAUACUCCGAUCUUUAUAAUGUCUCGAUUAAUCCAUAUACGGAUUCAAUAGAGUCUUCGAGUCUCUUCAAUUCAGGUCAAGUUCGUUCGUUGUACCCAGUCGAUGAACCUAGAUGAUUACCUGUUUUUGUUGCAUCUUAACCAAUAUCCAGAACCUUAAGUACCAAGUUAUUACAUGUCAUGUAACUCUUUCUAUAGUUUGAAUAAUAUUAGCAAUAAACUCAACUUAAAGGA